CUCGUUUACACUUGACUCUUGAGCGGCACUCAAAAUCAGUCAGGAAGCCCUUGCUAUGGAUCAUUCUCUUCCCAAGCCUUGGAAAUGCCUUGUCGAUGAUCGAACUGGCAACUUAUACUUUUUGAAUCCUGAGACCAAUGUUGCUCAGUAUGAGCGACCUAUUUGCCUUCCACCUCGCAACGUUGCUCAAGGUUCAUGUACCAUCGAGUUUGACGGUGCUUCAAGAGGAAACCCAGGAAGAGCAGGUGCAGGAGCCGUUCUCCGUGCUUCAGAUAAUACUGUGCUCUUCUAUCUUCGCGAGGGUUUAGGCUUUGCUACAAACAACGUUGCUGAGUAUCGAGCUCUCAUUCUUGGCCUCGAGUGUGCUCUUAGCAAAGGCUUUAGAAAUGUGCGCGUCCAGGGUGAUUCAAUGCUUGUCUGUAUGCAGGUUCAAGGUGCAUGGAGAGUCCAAGACCCGAAAAUGGCUCAGCUUUGUGGACAAGCAAAGGAGCUUAUGAGGCAGUUUAGCUCUUUCCACAUUCAACACGUUGACAGACUUGGUUCGAAAAAGCGAGAGUUUUUGUCGCCAUGGCGCUAAGGCGCCCAAGGCGAUGCCCUCAACGCUUAGGGACACCCUUGCCAGGCGAGGUACAUAGAUCCCUAGCUUUUCUCGCUUUUUCCUCGCUUUUGCAAUAUCCAUAGAGCGCUAAAAGCGGCGUUUAGUUGUGCCUACACAAAAAAAGAAGAUUUGCUUAAAAAUGUAC